UCCCCUUUCCUAAAAAGUCUUCCUUAUGAAAUAUAUCGUCCGCACUUCCUCCUUCUAUUCGCAUAUUGAUCCCUGACUACACAGCAGGCUACCAACCUCGCGACAUCGCUUUUUCCACCCGCGACCAUCACCGUUGUUUCUUUUAUAAUUGUGCUCCUGACUACAAGAAAACGCUGCCGAAUUAGCGAUAACAUAAGAAGCUGCGUGCGGCGCACACAAUUGUGGUCGAAAUCUACUGCCUCGUGGAGUCGCCGAUAAACGAAAUGGCGAUAAAGUGAGGUCCGGAAAUCAAUCAAGUAAGAGAAUGCCAUUUUCAUUUCCGGGCGCAGCAUAUUCGUCGGCGCUGGACUGCAGACAUUAAAAUGGACAUCUUGCGACCUCAACUGCGAGCCCGCAUACUCUUGUCUUCCCUGCGUUCCAUUAUGAACCGCUGCAAAUGAAGGAGAGUAUUACAGCGCCCCCUAGAGAUCGACCCUCCGACUACCGGCUAUGCACUUUCCAGACACCGCAGCAUGCAAGCCCUGCUUACGUUACCAACUGCGACCGACCCCAACCCUACCACCGAAACCUGCAGUAUAGACUGAGGACACGUCUUACAGAGAGGGCAAAGUGGCGGGCGGCAGCGGGCGGUCCACCUAUCGGUCCUCUCCUUCUUCCCCCAGGCGUGUUCCCCACCCUCUGGUGCAUGCAGCCAUCUUCUAGUACCGCUCGAACCGUAGAUAGGCGGACGAUCGGAGAGGGAAAACGCGCGUGCCAGCAGCCCCCGGUUCCAGGCUUCUUCUGGUACCCCUGCAACCAGCCAUACGCCGACGCGCGGAAACCCAGGGCUUAUGCACACGUCCAUGCCAGCAGCCUCCGCUUCCAAAUGAGUACAGCGCCACCGCAUCGGUUGUCCCGUUGCCUCCCGUACCACCGCGCUCUUCCAGUGCAUGCUCCUGCCAUGUAUGCCACCACCGCUGCUUCCCCCCCGCACCUUCUCCUACCCCACCGCUACCACCACCAAUCGGUCUUCUCCUCCUUCCCCCACGCACUUCCUCCACCGUCUGAUGCAGCCUUUGGUACCGCCGCAUCGCCUCCCUCCUCUUUCCUCCCCUCCGACUUCCUGCAUUGCACACCCCGUUGCAACCCGCAAUACGGCAUAUACCUGCAAGCCUACCUUUUCCUUCCCAACGAAAACCCCCACCUAUCCGUGCUGUCCCCCUUCCCCCAGGCGUCUUCUAGUACCGCUGCAGCCAUACAUACGCCGACGGGCGGGGGACGUGCCAGCAGCCCCCGCUUGAAAGGCAAAGGCAAGCAGUAGCCCAGGUUGUUCGAUGCCGCUGGCACAGCACACACCGCGGUGGGUAUCAAGAACGCCGGCGUUUUGUGGAGACGGAGAAAAGCAGCUGGGGCAGAGUGUGUGUUGGGGGCACGGUAAGCUACGGCUUCCUUAUAGAGUGCUCAUUGAUGCAGCAAGGUUGCAUGGGUUCGCGAAUGAGGUUUAAUUGCACAUCCGGGGCGAAAUGUGUGAUACCGGUAGGGGGCGUUGGUGGUAACGGCUCAUGAGGGCGCUGGAGGGAAUCCACCGCGGAUUGGCCUGGACGUUGCCGCAUGUUGCAACCAACCUAUCCCUGGAUAGCCCUUUGCAUCGGCUAUCGAUUGCAAAAGGUGCGGUUAUGAACUGCCAAGUCGCUCAAGAGUUCUGCCGUACCGCGUGUCGUACAAUGGUUAGUUGCUGGAGGGCCUGGUGAACUUGGGAAGCCCGGAUCUGGCCCAUCCCUUCACUGUUCCCAGCCCGGAUUGCGGCUACGGCUUCCUUAUAGAGUGCUUAUUGAUGCAGCAAGGUUGCAUCUAUUCGCGAAUGAGGUUUAAUUGCACAUCCGGGGCGAAAUGUGUGCUACCGGUAGGGGGCGUUGGUGGUAACGGCUCAUGAGGGCGCUGGACGGAAUCCACCGCGGAUUGACCUAGACGGUGUCGCAUGUUGCAACCAAGC